AGCACACACCAACCAGGAAACAGACUCAGUCUUUUUCUCCGUGGAUCCAAACACAGUGGCACACAAGGACAGAAGAUAAUCCGAGAAAUAAACAACACAGCCUCCACAGACUGAGAGGACAGCUUCUGGAGGGAAUACUGGGACUACUGGAAUACUGAAACUUCACCUGUUACUGACGGCACACGGUACAAACCUUUAGAAAACACAAGUGUCAAAGUGAAAGUAAGUUUCAAAAAGCUCGGAGGAGGAGGGAGUGAAACCUGAGCUGUCUGACCAGUUUGAGCCGGCUGCCUGUCCAGAGUUUUGCUUCACUUAGAGGAAAAUGGCGUCUUUUCCCGAGGAGGAUCUGUGCUGUUCUGUCUGCCAUGACGUCUUCAAAGAACCAGUGAUUCUGUCAUGCAGCCACAGCUUCUGUCAAGCCUGUCUGCAGAGCUGGUGGAGAGAGAAGCCGAUCCAGCAGUGUCCAGUCUGUAAGAGAAGAUCUUCAAAGACUGAACCACCUUGUAACUUGGUAUUAAAGAACCUUUGUGAGGCCUUCUUAAUAGAGAGAGAUCAGAGAGCUUCAUCAGACUCUGAGGCUCUCUGCAGUCUGCACUCUGAGAAACUCAGACUGUUCUGUCUGGAUCAUCAGCAGCCAGCGUGUCUUGUCUGCAGAGACUCUAAAAAACACACCAACCACACAUUCAGACCCAUCGAUGAAGCAGCACAAGAUCUCAGGGAAGAGCUCCAGGAAUCACUGAGGCCCUUAAAAGACAAACUGGGGCAUCUUUUGGACGUCAAGGAAAAUUGGGAUGAAACAGGAAAACACAUCAAGGCUCAGGCUGCAAACACAGAGACGCAGAUACAGGAGCAGUUUAAAAAGCUUCACCAGUUUCUAGAAGAGGAAGAGGAGGCCAGACUCUCUGCACUGAGGGAGGAAAACAAGCAGAAGAGUCACUGGAUAAAGGAGGAUUUGAAGGCUCUGAGCAGAGCGAUAGCAGAUCUGUCAGAAACGGUUAGAGCCACAGAGGACGAGCUGAGAGCUGAAGACACCUCAUUCCUGAAAAACUACAAGGCUACAGUGGAAAGAGUCCAGCAGCGCCCCCUGCUGGAGGAUCUACAGCUGCCCUCAGGAGCUCUGAUAGAUGUGGCCAAACACCUGGGCAACCUGAGCUUCAGAAUCUGGAACAAGAUGAAGGACAUGAUCUCCUACAGUCCUGUGAUUCUGGACCCAAACACCGCUGGUGCAGACCUCAGUCUGUCUGAAGAUCUGACCUGUGUGAGACGAGGAGAGAGGCAGAAUGUUCCUGAUAAUCCAGAGAGGAUUAAAAGUUGGUCUGUCCUGAGCUCUGAGGGCCUCAAUGCAGGGACUCACAGCUGGGAUGUCGAGGUUGGACAGAACACAUGGUGGGACGUGGCCAUGUUUGAGGAGUCUGCAAACAGAGGAGUAGACAUAGACUCUGGAUUAUGGAGAAUAUCCUUUGAUGGUGAUCAGUACAGCGCAUGCAACCCAUCACUUCAUCGCGUAGAUCUGUCAGUGAGAGGACGACCUCAGAGGAUCAGAGUGCAUCUGGACUGGGACAAAGGAAAGCUGACGUUCUCUGAUCCUGACACCAACACACACAUACACACCUUCACACACACUUUCACUCAAAAGCUGUUUCCAUACCUUUGGACUUUUGAAUCACAUCCUCUGGAGAUAUUACCAGUGAAGCUCUGUGUAACGCGCCAGAGGUAGGGGUGCUGCAGCGACCCCUAAAAUCAGGUUCAACCAAACCCAUCAGCUUUAAAAACAAUUAAAAAAACUACAGUUUUACAUGAUAUGUCAACAUAUAGUAGUCGACACUGACUGGUGUGAUCGCUUUUUUAGCAGUCUGUAUGUUGUUUAUAACGCCUCACACAUUGAGGUGUUUAGUAGAGGUUUUAAAUGCAGUCAUAGCCAUCAAAUCAUUUUGAUUAUGCUGUCAUACUAGGCAGAUUAACUAGAUGCUACCCUAUAUUUUAAAGUUAACUUGACUAUUCUUUUAAAAGCUUCAGAACAACUUCUGAUGUUGCCAAAAUCCAAUUUACGUUAAGUUUUUAUAAAAAGGAUUCACAAAGUUGCGUUGAUAAAGUCACAGGAGGAAGCCAUGCGGUUACAGGAGCACAUACUGUAAACAGUCCGUGCAUAUACAUCACAUCAUGGAGCCUGCAUGCUUACCUACACAUGAUUGAUUGAUAAUAUAAUCAGAACGCCCCCUACUGAUAUCUUGUGUUGACGUUUUUAUCAAUCUGCCCUCUUCUCAAAUCAAUGAAGGUUAAGGACGUUUUAUUCUGCUAGCUGUAUGAUGUUUGAUUUUCUCGUUGUGAUCAGUUUCUUUGUUAAAGGGGACAUAUUAUGAAAGAUCCACUUCUACAGUGUUGUUGAACAUAUCUUUGGGUAACCUGAGUGUCUACUGACCCACAAAAUGUGAAAUAAACCCAUCCAGUCCUUUGUUUGUGGUCUGCAUAAAUGUAACAACACAGAGAAAAAUGCUCUGUUUCAAAUUUGCUCUCCUUGUGAUGUCACAGUGGGAUUCUGGUAAAAAAAAAAAUAUCCCCCCUCCUGGUAUCUCCACCCAUGGACUCCACCUCCAGCCUAGAGCAAAACCUUUGCACAGGUCCGCCAUUUUUAUUCUCACUACAGAGGAGUGAUGUCUACCGGGAAAACUCAGGGGGGGCUCAUUACAUUUAAAGAGACACACACACCAAAACGGAGCGUUCUGAGAGAGCUGGUUUAUACAGGGUCACAAACCUCCUCUGGUGCUUGAUUCAUGUUACAUUUUGACCAAAGCACAGCACAGAUGUUUCAUUUAGACCACAGGGGACUGUUUGAAAAGGUGGAGAAGGGGAAUAAUAUGUCCUCUUUAAAUACCAUGUAAACAGCUUGUGUGUUGUGAAUUUAUUGAAUGGAUUUCUUUUUGCUGUGUGAAGAAACAGAACAUUUCUGGGAAUAAUUGAAGUCACGAUGAUAACGUGUAAUAAAAGGCAGAGAUUA